GUCUUUAGUACGUCGAAAUUUACUGUUAGAAAAUUAGUAAUGAUUUGAUUGAAAAAGAAAAUACAAAAAGUGAAGAAAACAGUAAAAUGAGGAGAGUGCUUUCGAAGACUCUUCCCUCGAAUAAACACAAAGAGGUGACAUCCGUUAUUAAUACCGCCUAUCGUGCUUUCAUAUACCGAACCACACACACAAACACUCUCUCUUUGCUUACGACUUCCGAGACAAAAACAGAGAGGAAUAGAGAAUUCUUGUAAAAGCUUUUGCCUUUUAAAGGAAACAACAGUGCAGAUCUUAGAAGGAUCCGAAGACCCAUCACCUAAAUAAACAAACUAUUACAAGUCAAAACUCUAUACUGUUACCCACAAAACCAAAAGUUGUCCAAAAAAAGAUUUUCUUCUUUCUUCUCCCUUCUCUCUUUGCUUUGAAAAAAGUCUUGACUGUCCCAGUUGGUUUGUUUGUCUUCAUGUUCGUGUGUUUCUUGCUUCUCGGAGAUGACUCAAGUGUUGGUACGAAGAGCGACACAAGGAAGGAAACUUAGAAGAUGGGACGUGAAGACCAUUUGUUUCUUCUUCUUUGUCAUGUUUCAGAUAAGUUAUUCUUUAUCAGCUUCUGUUGCUUCUUGCCGUCAUCAAUUCGUCUCAUCGCCGCCAAGAAAGACUCUGGUGUACGCAACGUCGCCGUUUCGUGGACCGUUCAAAGAAGAUAACAUUUAUGGAGACGACAAGAGAGUAGUUCGCACGGGUCCCAAUCCUCUCCACAACUAACUUUUACGCUGUUGCUAUUAUUAUCAAUUACCCUCCGCACCCACCCUACGAAGACUACAUGCAAAACGCUAGACGCAAACGCUGACCGCGGUACAAAGGUGCCUUAGAUUAAAAUAAGGUUUGUUAUAGAAUUUGUAAGUUAAUCCUUUUUUCUUUUUGUAUUUCAGAGGAUAUAAACAUUUUAGCUUUUAGCGUAGGAUUUAGUUCGGUUAUGAGGAACUCUAUAAAUGUUAGUAUUAAUGAGUAAGCUAUGAUUUUAGCUCUUGCGUCUCA